GGGAACCUCUCCUGAGGCACAAUAUAUGGACGCCGGAUUUCCCGCUCUAACUGCUGAUCCAAUUAGCUGCCACCACUGGAUCUUUUCUGCCCAGCAACCGAACAUCAGUCUGGAGAAUCUGCCCAGCAACAACUGGGUGGGGAGGAGAUGACUGUGUAAGGAGGAGUCGGGGUCUUGGAUAAAUAGGAAAGGGAUUGCAGCCCAUGACAUCCACUGACUCCAUCUCCAGCCGCCAUGAUCUUCAUCCUCGGCCUGUUCCUGCUGAGUGUCUCUGCUGUUACUGCAGAUCUCCAAUGUCUAUUGAUGCCUGGAAAACUAAGACAGAUCGAUGCCGGUGCGGGACAAGUGUACGGAGUCAAUGACAAAGGAAACAUCUUCAAGAUGGUCAAUAACAACUGGCAGCAAGUUUCCGGGCUGCUCACUCAUGUGUCGGUCGGUCCUGCUGGAGUCUGGGGGGUCUAUAAGGACAAUAGAGUCUACAAACUGCAGGACAACAAGUGGAAGCUUGUGACAGGUUACCUGAAGCAGGUGGAUGCCGGUGGUGAUAAGUUCCUGGCUGGAGUGAACGCCCAGGAUAAUAUCUUUUGCUUGAUGCAGAAUUGUACAGUCUCAAGGUCUUCCCUUGUGACAUUCCUACCUCUUGAUGGCGCUCUGAAGUAUUACAGCUGUGGACCAUUUGGUUGCUGGGGAGUCAACAACGUUGAUGAUAUCUUUUACCGUCAGGAUGUGAGCCCCAAUACCUGCCAGGGAUCUAAAUGGCAACAGGUGGACGGCAAACUGAUCAUGGUGGAGGUCGGCACAGAUGGCUCAGUCUAUGGUGUCAAUUCAGUCGGAGAGGCGUUCAAGAGGGACGGGAUCUGUGCCCAGAAUGUCACUGGUACAGCAUGGACCCGCCUGGAUUUCUGCGCCACCUUCAGUCAUGUGACUUAUGAUGCCGGGUUCCUGUGGCUUCUGUCUGACAAUGACGACGUUUACAAAUGUUACGAGGAAUAGGGGGAAUGCUUCAAUGUUUCCAUAUGUUUAAAGGGGUUAUCCAGGGAAAAACUUUUUUUUAUAUAUAUCAACUGGCUCCAGAAAG